GCCAGCCGGCGGCCACCAGGGAGCAGCCGCGAGGACUCCGGGGACUCCGCAUCCCAGUCAUCCCUCCCGGACGAGAGGAAAGGACUCCUGUUGGGUGAAACUUAGAUUUCCCUGUGCGUCUGACCCGGCUAGGCUAGCGUGCACCAUCUGCCAAGCCAUAGAGGGUUUCAUUUUUCACCAGCCUGGUGUUUGAGAAAACCCGCAAGGAGUGAGUGGUGAGAGGAAGAAGCGUUAUAAACUUCGGGAGCGGGGACGUUUUCUUGGAAGUGACGGGGAGCCUCGGACCUACGGUUCCCGGGGCCGGUGGCGGCGGCGUCCUUGGCCUGGACGCUCUGAAGGGUCCGGCCGCUGCCGCGUGACCAACACCGAAGACCCCGGAAACGCCAUGGAUUCCACGCUGGCACCAGCCGGUUCCGCCACGGGCCCGGUCACCUUCUCCCACGUCUUCGGUCAGCAGUGCCAGCUUAUGGAAGCAGCUGUGCAAUCAUUGUACACCCUAAAUGACCAGAUAUCCCAUUUUAUUGUCACCAAGUCAAAGGCACUGGAAGAGGACAAAGACCCCUUCCUACCCACUGAGAAGGAGACUCUGAAGAGUUCCAUGAUCCUGAUGAGGCACCUCUUAAUGGACGCUCAGGCCAAAAUCCUGAGCAUGAUGGAAGACAAUAAGCAGCUCGCGCUCCGCAUCGAUGGGGCGGUCCAGUCGGCCAGCCAGGAGGUGACCAACCUGCGAGCCGAACUCACGGCCACCAACCGGAGACUGGCGGAACUGAGCGGCGGCGGCGGCGGCCCCGGCCCGGGCCCGGGAGCGGCGGCCAGCGCCUCGGCGGCGGCGGCGGCGGCGGCGGCGGACUCGGCGGCGGCGAACAUGGAGAACCACCAGCACGGCGCGCAAGGUAGGGAUCGCCCGGCGCCCGGGGCGCAGGGGAGGCGACGAGCAGCACCCGGGCCGGAGGCGGCCGGGGACUCGGUGCCUCCACGCCCCGGGCGAAAUCGCCUUGCAUUGUGGCUCGUAACCCUUUCCGCCCGGCGGUGGCCACCGCUGCUCCCCUGCUGGGAGUUGCAGGCUGCUGUCAUUAAGGAAAACCCGGGCGCGGUGUGCACGGGUUCACACGGUCACACGGGCCCCGGCUAG